CUGUUAUUUAUCAAAAUUAUUGUCAAUUUUGCGUCAAAAUAAAUCAAAAUUUAAUUAGUAUCUAAAAGAAAAUUACAACAAAAUGCUCGGUUUAUACACACGAAAUAUACGAAAUUACUUGGAAUUAGAGAAGCAAUACAACAACGUCCAAAACAAAAAUGAAGAACUCGAAACGGAAUUAUUCGAAAAAAACGAAAGUUUAACCAAGUUAACAACGGUUUCAAAAAGUUUAUUUCAAGAAUAUGACAUGCUAAAGAAUAAAUAUGAAACAGAAACGGGAGCAAUGCAUAUGGCUUUAAGUGAUGCGAGUAAUUGGUACAGAGAAAAUAAAGUGUUGAGAAGACGAACACUUCAUUUAGACGUAGAUUAUGUGGAUGAAGGAGUUGAUCCAGACGAUUCAAGCGGUGAUCAUGAUUUAGAAAAUUUAAGGGAAUCUGUUAAACAACUAAGCGUUGAAAUCGGGAGGUUACAAUCUGAAUUAAACGCAGCUAAAUUAUUAGAAUUUGAAACGAUAGAACAAAAUAUUAAUCUCAGUCAAGAUCUCGAAACGGAAAAGAAAAAAACGAAAGAAAUGGAAGCGAAAAUAAUCGAAAUUCAAAGAGAAAAUGAACAAUUAUUGAGAAUAUCAAAGAUGUUGCAGAAAGAUUUGGAAGAAACGAAACAAUCUGAGGAAAUACAAAAAGAUGAAGCUGUUAGAUUAAGAAAAGAAGCGGAUAACUUUAAAAAAGAAAGAAACGUCUUGGCUCAUCAAAGCACUGUUUUAAUGCAAGGAAUUAACUCGGAUGAAGGUUUUGAUGAAAUGUUACUCUUUGAAAUUGAAGAAUUAAAAAGAACGAUUGAAGAAGAAAGAAAUAAACAUAACUUAGAAAUAACUGCGCUUCAGGAUAAGUUAGACCAACAAGAAUCCAAUUCUCAAGUAGAAAUCUUAGAGGAACGUUUGAAGUUAGUCGAAACUGAGUUAGAUCACGCAUUAAAAAAGUUAGAAGAAACCGAAAAAGAAUCAAUUCCGCCACCACCACCACCACCUCUUCCCUUUGUAGCACCCCCGCCACCACCACCUCCACCGCUAACAUCGUUAGCUCCACCAACAGCACCAUUACGGACAAAAAAGAAGAAUUCUUUAGUACCAUUAGAAACUUGCAUAGAUUCUUGUCCGGAAAUUGAUGAAACGAAAAAACCUGCGGUAAACGGAGUUAAUGACGAUAUUAUUAAUCAAAUUAAAACGGGGAUGUUUACCUUGAAAAAAAGAAAAAGUGAUUCUGGUAAAAAAGAAAGGGAAACGCCGAAAGCAAUGAGUGAAAUGUUGAAUAUAUUGGGGAGUUUGAGAAAAACGAAUAGAAGUAAGAUUACUGUCAGUCCUAAGUUUGCUGAUGUUCAGUUGUAAUAAGUAAUGUAGUGUUGGAUUUUUUUGUAAAAUCUUAUUUGUAUGUAGUUUUUUUAAAGGUUUAGUUUUAUAUCGUAUCUAUGUUUUUACAAGAAAAAGGUAAAUAAAUGUAUAUUUCAUGUUUCUUUUUA